CUAGCUCCAUUUCUUAAUCUUGUAGAUUUUCAGUGGAAACUGGGUAUGGCUGUGAGCUCAGACAGUUGCAGAUCACUUAAGUAUCCUUAUGUUGCAGUGAUGCUAAAAGUGGCAGAUCAUUCAGGCCAAGUGAAGAUCAAGUCUUUUGAAAUGACAAUUCCCCAGUUUCAGAAUUUCUACAGACAGUUCAAGGAAAUUGCUGCAAUUAUUGAAACUGUGUGAACACUGAUUACCUGAUUGAUAAAUUGCUGCCAUCGUUCUAAAUUAUGGACUUCACUUUCUGCAAUAUAACUGCAUGAGGAUCAGAAGAUAUUUAUUGAAAGAGAAUUGCACUUUGGUUUUUCCCUUUUUUAAAUAAAAAGAUUAGACAAACAGGACUUAGGUAAGAGGUGAUUGAUGCACUUAUUGAUGUGAAAGUACUAAAAGCCACUGAACUGAACACUUUAUAGGGUGAACUCAGUGAAUUACAUCUCAAUAAAACAAAUAGCUGAAUGGUUGAAAAUACUGAAAAGGAUGCCAUUACCUUAUAGAUUCAAUUUUAUAACAUUCAAUUACUACAAAAACAGUCAGUGAGAAGAAUGAGGCUACUCUUCUCAAACAUUUGGAAUCACGUUAAGAUUGACUGUUUCCUUGUAUUAGCUAAGCAUUCAGUUGUUUCUGUUUUAAUAUUUAUAAAAAGUUCAGAUAAAUGCACAGAGAUAAGUAAGUUUUAUUCUGAGUUCUUUCUAUAUUCAACUGAGUUAACCUGUUAGUAUAAAUUAUUGUUUUAGAUGAUCUCCAUUGAAUUUAAAUUUAUAAGUCAAUUGUUAAAAUAUAAAGGCACAGGAAUAAACACAUGUAGCAUUGCUUAGGAAUAGACAGAUUACUGGAGUACACUAAGUGGCCCAGAAAUAGAGACUUUUCGGACAAGGUUAGUAUUUCCGUUGGGUGGGAAAACAUGAUUAUUUAAUAAAUAAUACUAGCAGUCACAAUGUAUGCAAAAGUAAAUUCCAGAUGGAUUUAUGUCAAAUUGAAAAGAUAAAAAUGAGAAGUUUUAGAGAAUAUUUACGUUAACUAAGGCUUGGGAAGACAGCAACCCAACAGCAAUAAGAGAAAACAUAAAUGUAUUUGAAAAUAAGAAUUAAAUUAUUUGUAGAAAAAUAAUGGGCCAUAAACAAAAACAAAAGACAAAUGCCAAGUUGAUGUAUAAGUCCUUGGUCUGGAAAACAAAUUGCUUUAAAUAUUCUAAAUGGGAAGAGAGUUUUAAACAAGAAAUUAGAUGUUUACUAAACUGUCAAAAAUGCUGAGGGAACGAGUCACAAGAAAUUGCUGGCUUUUGGAAAUCCAGUAGUGCAAGAAUUUCAGGGAAAGCUGCUGCCAGUAAUCUCUCCGCCAUGAAGGAUAUUACUUGGAAGCCAUGGUUCAUGCCCUUUCUGCCAUCUGUCAACAUGCGCUUCAUUGGGUGGAAGUUAAGCUGGGGACCCUGUUAAAACAAAUUUAAUCAACUGACUUUCCUGGGGUUUAGUGCCUACUGAGGGGAGAUUUAGAAGAACGAGAAUAGUGUUGAGUGUUUUUACCCUGCUGGCAAGACUUAAGGUCUUUUUGCAAAGUGGGGUUACACCCCCAUAUCACAUAGAAAUUUCACAGUCCAGGAAUACAUCCUUGGGAAUGAAGCCACCAAUAUAUUUGGCAAAAUUGGCUAAAUGCCAGUCUAUUACCUGUGUUUGGGCCUCUAGAAAGACUGCAUUUCCCAGCCUCCUUUGCUGUUAGUCAGGGAUCCCAUGCUUGGGUUGUAGCCAAUGGAUUUGGGGAAGAAGUGUCUUGAGCCACAUCCAGCCUUCCUCUAAAUCAUUCCUCGUCCCCUUCCAAGCCCUCUCCCAUCCUCGCCGCUGUCAGUGAGGGGCUCUAAGCCAGCGAAAAUGUGAUGGGGAGGGUCCCUGAAGCGCUAGUGGAGGUACACUGUGCAAGAAUGGCCUGACCUGCCUUGGACAGUCGUGUGAGCUAGCAACUUACUGUAAGCUGGUGAGAUUUUUGCAUAACGCAAAAUAGUGUAUGAGGAUUUUUAUUGUGGCAUUUUCAGUGGCAAAAAGCAAGAUGAAACAGCAAAGAAUACCUGUCAGGAAGGAAAAGUUGAAUAAAUUUGGCACUUCAAUCUUAUGGAAUGACAUAUAGCUAAGAUUUGCCUCUGGGAUAUUGUCAAUACUCUACAUAUUGUUAUGGUCUAUAAGAUUUUGUGAAAGUGCAUCCAUACUUUUGAACACAAUGGAAAAUGAAGAGUGUGGAAGGAGGGCUACCAGGUUGUAAGCACUGGUGCAGGCGGUAUCUAGAGAGGCAAAGGAAGAAAAUUUAAAAAUUGUUUUCUGGUUUUAAGUCCAUGAAAUAUUCGAAAAAAUAUGCAUUACAGUUCUAAAAAUACUUGAAAAUACAUAAUUUUUUAAAAGUAUUUUUUAAGUAUGCUUCUGAAAAGCUCAUGUAGUUUUUUAAUGGUAUAAUGUUUCCUUACUACUUUUAACAAAUGCGUAGUGUUUAUGAUACAAAAUUAUUUGUUAACUGCCUCCUCAAACCAGGAUAGACAAACCUGAAAUACAUUAAACGUAGGCCUCGCUGUGCUUUAGAAAUGGUGACCCCAGCUGGGCCCAACAUUUUGGUUGGCACCACUGUAAAAAAUUUCAUUUCUAUCUCUCCUCUGUGUCCUCUUCUGAUCCUGCACCUUGGAAAUGUAUGUCCUUUUCACACCUGGCAGCAUUUCUGCGGGUCUCUUACGUAAAUCUACUUUCUUUGUCCUCUGCUAGGUAGCACACUGCUGUGAGGAGCUCAAGUCCAAGUUCUGUCCACCUGUAUACUUAGAUCCCACCAGCUUGAGGAGUUAGCCAACUGGUCAUUCAGGCUUAGUAACUGCUAGCAGACAUCCUGUUGGCCCGCCUCUGAUAGUAAGACUGCAUUUACUACUGCAUUUACUCUGGGAGAGUGAGAAGCCAUGUCUCCUCUCUAUCUCUUCUUCCAUCCUGCUGAGCACCAGUUUCAUUGUAUUCCCAGAAAUAACAGUAGAAACCAACCCAACCCCAAUCUGGGUUAAAACAACUUUCUCGCCUUCCCAGACUGUGCAUAGAGUCCCUCCGUCGCCUACCCAUCCCAGUUUAACAUCUUCUGUUCUUCCUUUUGCAUUUGAAAUGUUUAAGGUUAUAUGCAAAGACGCCCAAUGUGAACGGGCUCAAAC